AUGAAAUCUCACACUCCCAAUACUGUACAUUUACUGAAAAAUAUAAGUGCGGUUGACUCAAACUGCCUUCCCCCAAAGUUAAAGGAUCCUGGAGCUCCUAUUAUUUCUUAUGUUAUAGGUAAUGUCAUGAUUGAUAGAGCACUCCUAGACUUAGGGACGAGUGUGAACUUAUUACCCAUUUCUGUGUAUGAACAAUUUAACUUAGGUGAGCUUAAGUCUACUGAAGUCAUCCUGCAGUUAGCUGAUCGAUCAGUCAAAAUGCCUGGGGGCCUAAUUGAGGUAGUUAAGGUUGAGGAACUAUAUUUUUCGGUGGAUUUUCUUGUCUUAAACAUGGAGUAUACGAGUAGUGGAAGUAUACCACCGAUUAUUUUGGAGAGACCUUUUCUAACAACAGCAAAUGCUUGCAUUAACUGUAGAUCAGGAGAGAUGGAAGUGUCUUUUAGGAAUAUGAAGCUGAGACUUAAUGUGUUUAAUGCUGGUUUAGGGCCGAUGCAUGAGGACGAUAACGAGUUUUUCAUGAUUGAUGCUAUUGGCAGUCUAGUGGAGGCUUACGCUCCACAGAUGUUAUGUGAUGACACGAUUUACACUCUUGUGAAUCCAUUUGUUGAGGAGAUAUGUAGCUUGAGUGUCAUGUCAGAGAUUCAGGAGGUUAGUGCGUAUAUGGAUAGGUCACCCACUCUAGAACGUCGACCUUGGAACAUCAAGUAUGAACCCUUACCACCUUUAUCUAAGACAACACAUCCAAGGUCAAUUGAGUCUCCACUAGUCUUUGAGUUGAAGGCCUUGCCUAAUACUCUAAAGUAUGUUUCCCUAGGACCCAACAAGACCUUACCCAUGAUCAUUGCCGCCAACUUAGAUAGUGAGCAAGAGGAGAGAUUAGUGGCAGUCUUGACAACACAUAAGGAAGCAAUCGGUUGGUCGGUAGCCGAUUCGCAAGGGAUUAGCCCUUCUUUGCAUAUGUAUCAUAUAUUUUGUGAAGAGAAUGCUAAACGGGUGCAUGAAGCUCAAAGAAGAUUAAACUCAAACAUCAAGGAGGAAGUGAAGAAAGAGGUGAUCAAAUGGCUUGAUGCAAUCUUUAUGGAUGAAUUUUCUGUGUUUGGUACAUCUUUUGAUAAUUAUCUCAAAAAACUUGAGUUGGUGUUGAAACGAUGCAAAGAGACAAAUCUUAUUCUCAGUUGGGAAAAGAGACAUUUUAUGGUUCAAGAGGGAAUUGUCUUAGGUCAUGUAGUUUUCAAGAAAGGGAUAGCAGUGGAUAACGCAAAGGUGGAGUUGAUUUCUCAACUACCACCACCUUCGUCAGUCAAACAAAUUAGAUCUUUCCUAGGCCAUACAGGAUUUUAUAGGUGUUUUAUCCAAAAUUUUAGCAAGAUCUUUAAGCCUUUGUGUGAUUUGCUUGCUAAAGAUGUAACAUUUGUUUUUUAUGACUCUUGUAUGAUUGCAUUUACCAUUUUGAAGCAAGCGUUGACCACAGCACCCAUCAUGCAACCUCUUGAUUGGAACCUACCUUUUGAAGUGAUGUGUGACACGUUGGACUAUGCCAUUGGUGCUGUCCUUGACCAAUGGGUGAAUAAAAAGCCCGUUGUGAUCUACUAUGCAAGCAAAACCUUCUCCAAUGCUCAAUGCAAUUACACUACUACCGAGAAGGAGUUGCUUGUAGUAAUGUUCUCCAUUGAUAAGUCUUGGUUUUAUCUUCUUGGGUCUAGGAUAGUUGUCUUUAUAACGUUGCAGUUAGGUAUUUGUUAG